GCGGGGGCCAUGAACACCGUACUCACCCGCGCCAACUCGCUCUUCGCCUUCUCGCUGAGCGUCAUGGCGGCGCUCACCUUCGGCUGCUUCAUCACCACCGCCUUCAAGGAGCGCAGCGUGCCCGUCAGCAUCGCCGUCUCCCGGGUCAUGCUAAAAAAUGUAGAAGACUUCACUGGACCUGGAGAAAGAAGUGACCUUGGAAUCGUUACUUUUGACAUUACAGCAGAUCUGCAUAGUAUAUUUGACUGGAACGUGAAACAGUUAUUCCUAUAUUUAUCAGCAGAAUAUUCAACGAAGAACAAUGCUUUGAACCAGGUUGUCCUUUGGGACAAAAUCAUUUUGAGAGGCGAUAAUCCAAAGCUACUGUUAAAAGAUAUGAAAUCAAAAUACUUUUUCUUUGAUGAUGGAAAUGGGCUCAAGGGCAACAGAAACGUCACUUUGACUCUCUCGUGGAAUGUCGUACCAAACGCAGGCAUCCUACCUCUUGUGACAGGAGCAGGACACAUAUCUGUUCCAUUCCCAGAUGCUUACAAAACUGCAAAAAGCUAUUAAAUUAUUAUGCCGAA